AUGUCGGCGAGUGUGUGUGUGUGUAAGAGAGAGAGGGAGGGAAAGAGAGAGAGAGGCAUAAGGGUAUGCAAAGAGCAAAGCUCGUGUGUUGUAGUUGCACUGCCAAUGCGUGCUGUUACACACAGAAACCUUCGUCCAGGACUGGAGCGCACGGUGUGAAGGAGCUGGGUUUAGUUCCCUUGCAUUGACAGAAAAAAGAAAAGAAUCUUCAUCAACAGCUUGAUCGUCAGAGCCCAGCAAAGUCAGCAGCCAUCAAUCCCCACAGGAAUGGUUGAUCACUUGCCACUUGGUGAGGAGACCUUCCUGUACUAUUCCUGCUCUCCAGGGUCUGACUACGGGUGCGCGUCUCACCACACCAAGGGUGGUGUUUCGCAGGGCAUCAUGGUGACUGAUGCGGGCACCUAUCAGCUCUCCUCCUCGCCUUGCCUCUCUGAAGAUGACCUCAGUGACUCCUCCAGCCCACGCUCCUCCCUCUGCUCCAGCCCUGAGUCCACGUCUUCAGCAUCACGGAGUGUUUUUGGCUCUAGCUAUGAAAGCAGGAGCAGUGGGUGCUCCAACUCGUCAGGAGGAGGGAAUCAAGAGAGUCUUUUGGACCUCCUUCUCUCACAGGCCUCCCUUACAACCUCAUUCAGCUCCAGUAGUGGCAACAUUUCUGUUUCCUCCUCUCUUUCCUUCUCUUCCCCAGCUUCCUCUACCUCCUCCUCUCCAUCAUCCCCUUUUUUGCCCAUGGGCCUAGCAUGGGAGCCCAAGAGGGAGCAGAGAAUUGGAGUCCAGCAGCACUUGACCAAAGAGGAGGGCUUUGAGUUCCCAGUUUUCCUUGAUGAGCUGCAGGAUCCUGAAGCGCUCCUCUUUCAGCCAACUCUAGAGGAGAUUGAAGAGUUCCUUAAAGAGAACAUGAUGGUAGCAAUGGAGAAGGAAGAGAAUGGGAGUGAUGAGGAAAUGUCACCUCCCAUAUUUAUGUCAGAUGAUACGGAGUCAGAGAGUUCAAUGACACUGGCAGCAAAACCUGAAUCACCAUCCCAGAACUCAGAUCAAACUGUCCCUGUGGCCUCCAAGUCAGAGGCCAAGUAUGCUGCAUGUGCCUCAGAUACAGACAGCUCACCAGUGACGGAAGGCGAUAGCUAUGUAAUUACUUCCACUGACAGUGGUGUUGAUGGGAUCAAGCAGGAGGACUGUGGAUCAUUGAUGCCUUUGACAUCAGAAAGUGCUACCAUUGCCUCAAGUGUGCCUGUCAUCCUCCAAAUCCAGCCCAUACAGGUCAAACAGGAACCAAAUUCCAGUGCUGCAUCAGACUCCAUCCCAGAUCAGUCCCAGAAAACCCAUUCCCAAUCAACUGAAUCUGCUUCAUCUAUCAAAAUUGCCCAGCUCCUGGUCAACAUCCAGGGACAGACAUUUGCUUUAGUGCCUCAGUUGCUUUCCCCUGCAACAACUAACUCAGGCAAAACAGGGAGCGCUGCUCCAUCCAAAUUCGUCCGAAUUGCACCAGUGCCCAUUGCAGCCAAACCCAAUGGGCUUGGGGAAGCGACACUAGGUCUAGGAGGUUCGGCGGCAGGUGUCCUUACUGGAAGUCAGCGGUACCAGAAGAGCACAGUGGCAGACCUCAUCAAAAUGCACAAGUGCACAUUUCCUGGCUGUAAUAAGAUGUACACCAAGAGCAGCCAUCUGAAAGCACAUCUGAGAAGACACACAGGGGAGAAACCCUUUGCAUGCACGUGGCCUGGCUGUGGAUGGAGGUUCUCCCGGUCCGAUGAGCUGUCAAGGCACCGCCGCUCCCACUCCGGUGUGAAGCCGUACCAAUGCAUCGUCUGCGAGAAGAAGUUUGCCCGUAGCGAUCACCUGUCAAAGCACCUCAAAGUCCACCGCUUUCCCCGAAGCAACAGGACAGGACGCUCUGUAAAUGGACCCCUCUGACCCCUGAUGUGACGGAGUGACGCUCAGCGGAGGAGAGGGCUGGAUGUCUGUGACGAAAGACUGAGGAGGACAGUCCAAACGCCCUUAAAAGGCCUCAGUAAAGGGCUGUAUAUGCGUGUGAUGCGCGUUCUUGGUACUGUGAUAAUUUAUUGGGUAACGAGGAGAAGACAAAAAAACUAAACAGGAAACUGUUACUUGACGCAGCAAUGUCACAGGUGGAAUAAGCUUUUCAUAUAUAUAAAUGUAAUCACCAGAUAUUUUAGCUUAUCUGUUUAGAAGACAAAUUUGCUAUUUUUACACUUUUAGGAGCGUCUUAUGAACAAAUCAUCCAUAUCAAAUUUUUUUUCAGUCACUGAAGAAUCUUCUACUUUUUAAAAUCCCUCUCUUUUUUACUUCUCUGGUAAUUGUUGUUUUACUUUGUUUUUGAAAAGGAAAACAAAUUAUUGUUCAGCAACAUGAAAAUGGAGCCUAAAAAUAACAGGAUGAUACUUGGUUGAAUUCUUUCUCAAGGGUUUCAAAGUAGCAGAUGCAUCAACAUUCCUCGAGCUUUUAAAAGGUUUCUUUGACGCCCCAGAGUCUCAAAAUUGGAAAAAAAAAAAAUAAAUGUUGAUGAAGCUCCACAAAAUAAUAAAGCUUGGUUUCAUGUUGAUUUACUGCUCUCCAUCGUAAAUCAUUACACUGUGUAAUUAGCACUGGCACACAGGAAAUCUUCAGUGGUCUGUCCCAUCCGAGAAUCUCUGAGUAAAUGUGUUGUUUUCCUGCAGUCUGAGUCAGUUUUGACGUUGAUUUUUCUCAAAACGCUUGUAUCAGAUUGAAACCUAUUUCGAUGGAUGACUGAGUUGAAGCUAAAGCUAACAGUGGAUCCAAAUGGUCCUGCAUGUCCGCAUCACAACUUCUGUUUUACGACUUGAUAUUUUGCCAUAUUAUUCAUAACUUUGUGUAAUUUUACUUGCCUCAUGUCACUGUUGUGAAAUAGCAGUAGACCUUAUCUGAAUAAGCUGAAACAAAGUUAGUUUUUUUCUCUUCCACUGCCAAAAAAAAUUAUUUUGAAUGUGAACACCAAUAUUAUUUAUCUUGUCUGACUUAGAAAUCACCCCAGGUUGUCAAAAGAACGGUGAUCUGUGGUGCAACUGUCUAAAAUGGACUUUAAGAGAAAAACUGGGUAAGAUACUGGACCAUUCAAAAAAAAUACUGGAAUGUUCAAAAGAUGUAAAGUUCAUAUUUUCUAAAUGAGGUUCUGUAAAGUUCUGUUCAGUGUUUCCUUACUUUCAGUAGAAACAGUGGUAGAAACUUUCUACAAGUUUGUAGAAAUGAAGAAAGACACUCAGACAGGGUGAAGACUAACAGUCAAAUGGACCGUUUAGCUAGCGAGGUAUUUUAAAAACCCAAACAGGAAAUGUCCAGCGUGACUUGGUUGACCGGCUAUGUCAGCAGAUAAUAACCAUCUACUCCUUCUCAUGAGACAUCCAACUGAGACUCAGCAACAAACUUUACAACACUCUCUUGUGAAAUAGUUGACUUUUAAUAUCUAUAGAAAAUCAGAUCUUGUAUAUUUCCAGGUUCAGUUAUUUGAAUGAAAUAAGCUAAAUUAGCAGCCUUCGUUAUCCAGGAUCAGUGAUUUCGGAAAAUUUGUAACAAUGCACCAAUCGUCUUGAUUAUUUGGUUAAUGUCAAUUAUUUUGAGAUCUGACCUGCAGAUUCCAAUUUUCACUGAUUGCAAUUUUCUAUUAUUAAUAGGUCUUAAACAUAACAAAACAGAAAUGCUGCAGAGAGAGUAAUUUUAAAACACAGAAAACGAAGACAUUAGAGGAGUAUUCUCAUUUAUGUAUCAAAUCCUAUAUGAAUAACAUUCAAGUGAUACCUGGUAAACCCAGAUCAGAGUACACGCUGUGUUUUGAUGCAUUUACUGAUUGAACAUAGUGGGAAAUUUUAGUUUUGGCGUAUUUUAUGGGCACGACUUCAAAAUUUACAACCUUUGGAAUUAAAUAUUAGUAAUGAUCAUGAAAAAUGGCUGAUGUCAACCACUGAAACCUGGACUGGCAGAGAGUUAAAAAUAAAAUUAAUAUGUCUUGUUCAUGAAUCAUUAGUAGAGUCACUUUAAUUAGUGGAGUGUUUGGGCUUGUCUUGAAAAAAAUACACAUAAACUUGAAAUGAACAAAUUUAACUGGAAUGUUUUCUCUUUUCUUACCGGAUUUGUUGAGACUGGAAGUUAUUGCAUCACGUAACUCAUCCCGUUUUGUUCAUCAAAGCAGGUUUGAGUAAACAGAAAAUAAAAAGCAUCACUGAAAUUCUAUCCUCAGUGUUGAACAUGUCACAUCUGCCUUUGUCCGUUUCUUCAGGGGAACAGUGUUGGGCUUUCUGCCACAUCACAUCUUCCAAAAACAUAAGUUUUCCUCUUUUGUUCCCCUCAUCUCUAUACGAUGCAAUGUAUCUCUUCAUCUCAGCUGAAUUUAAGCCAAGUGUGCCACAGCAAGGCAGGAGUCGGUUUCUGUGACGUUAAUGUGACAGGUGUCAGCGUUUUUUUAUUCACGUUUAAAACAAUGAUUCUUGAAAAGUAAAAUUACGUGUGUUUUUUGUGUUCAUUUUCUCAGUGAUUAACGGAUCUAUUUGAAUGUUCAGCAUGUGGCCCUUGAUGCUGUAUGUAGAAAGUGUAUUUGCUCUGUCAGGCAUUCCUUCCAUGCACACAGAAGACACACUUUGAUCCAUGAAUGUAUGUAAAUACUGUACAUGCAUCAGAAAGGACAACUGCUUGUAAUGAUAUCUGUGAUUGUGAAAGAUUUUGUUUGUGAAAAUGUAGAGUAACUGUACAUAACAAAAUAUUUCGAAUAUAGAAAUAUAUAUGUAUACUGUAAAAUAAGGAGAAUAUUUUUUUCUGGUGUUCCCAGACCACAUAUGUUAAAGUGGCUCAGUGAGUAUGUCAGAAUAUGGUUUCAGGUUUACCUGACCGUCUAUUUUUCCAAAAACAUACUAUUACCAAAGUUAUGUCAGUUGGUGAAAUAGCAGUUUCUACAUGAUGCAUCAUAAAAUAUCUCCUGAGUUGUUUACAAAACGUGGUCUGUACACACUAAAAAUAAGAAUUUACUCAAAUUCUUAUAUAUUUUUUUGCUUUGUUCUACUAUGUAAAACACAUUUACAAUAAAAUUCUAAAGCUUAAA